AAAUGCCGCCCUUCGUAGAAGAGCAGCCUAUACAGACGGAAGAUUCUUUCGAAAAGCUGGUAGCUCCGCAAGCGGCUCCAUGGAAGUAUGAAAUAUUGUAUCCAGCUGUUCUUGGCAUAGGCUACAUCCACUUGGCUGCUAUUUACGGGUUGUACCUCGCCGUUACAGCUGCGCAAUGGUACACGUUGGUCUUCUCUGCUUUCACGGCGGUCGCGGCUGGGAUAGGCGUAACGGCGGGGGCUCACAGGCUUUGGUCUCAUCGAGCGUACAAGGCCAAACCACCGCUGCAGAUGCUCCUGAUGAUAAUGCAAAGCAUAUCCUUCCAAUACUCAGCUAUAACCUGGGCGAAGAUGCACAGAACGCAUCAUAGAUACAGCGACACAGACGCGGACCCGCACAACGCGGCGAGAGGGUUCUUCUUCUCACACAUCGGCUAUUUGCUAGUUAAGAGCCACCCCGAAUUCAGAAAACGCAUAAAUUUAGUGGACCUGUCGGAUCUAUACAGCAAUCGGAUCCUGAUGCUUCAGCAUAAGUACACGAUUCUCUUCAGUGUUACCUUCUGCUUACUCCUGCCCACGGCUAUUCCCAUGUACUUGUGGGGGGAAUCGCUGAGCGUUGCCUGGCACGUGUCCAUGCUCCGCUACGCCUACACCCUGCACGCCACCUUCCUCAUCAACAGCUUCGCGCACAUGUUCGGCAGCAGCCCCUACGACAAGUCCAUCAAGCCCACCCAAAACGCCUUCGUGUCCUUGAUGAUUUUCGGCGAAGGUUUUCACAACUACCACCACGUAUUCCCGUGGGACUACAGAGCUUCUGAACUGGGCAACAACUGGCUGAACCUCAGCACGCUGUUCAUAGACUUCUUCGCGUGGGUGGGCUGGGCGUACGACCUCAAGACGGUGCCCGAUGACGUCAUCAGCGCGCGGGCCGAGCGCACCGGGGAUGGGACCAACAGUUGGGGAUUUAAAACAAGAACUAAAAUAUAGUCGAUUCCUGGAAAAAGUAAAAAUUGAAAUCUGAAUGU